CGGGAAAAUGAAAGUGAAAGAGGAAGGUAGGCCCCGGCCUGGGACUGUACUGGACGUUCACCCUCAUCCUCCUCUUCCUCUCUGUCCUGCACCAUGGCCACCCUGGCCUUGCUACUGGCCGCCUCCGCCGUCCUCCUGGCCUUGAGCCCAGGCCGGGCGUCCCGGCCGCCCCCGCUGCCCUGCUGGCUGGUGCGGGAGGAAGGGCCCGGCGGCGGCGAUGGCGGGGCGAUGCCCAAGGCGGUGACCAGGCGUCCAGCACAGCUCCUGCUGCUCAGCGGGGGGGCGCAGGGGCAGCCCCCCCCACCCACCUCCGACCCCCAGCCGCCCCUCCUCCUCCAUGUCCUCGACCCGGACGGGACGAUGGAGCAGUCUCUGGGGUCGCUGAGGUCGGCGCCGGGGUCGUCGCCGGGGUCGUCGCCCGGGUCGCCGGCCCCCUCGACGUGCGAGCUGAGCCCCUACUCGCCCAACCCGGCGGCGGCCACGUGGGCGGCAGGCCUGACCCCGGAGCCCCGCUGCCCGCGGGCCCUCGACGGGGCCUGGCUGGUGGCGGCCAUCGGCGGGCCGGGCCUACGCCUCACCGCCCUCCUGCAGGCCGCCUCGGACCCCUGGGACCCCUCCGCCCGCUUCCUCAGGGCCACCGCCGUCCUGACCGCGGCCACCCGCUCGCCGACGCCCCGGGUGCGGAGUGGACUGGACGCCCCCCUGGACCUGGCCUUCUCCUGCUGGACGCCCCCGGGGACCCCCGAAGAGGACCCCCCGGCCUUGGGGCUGGAGUGGCGACGCCAACACCGGGGCGCGGGCCGCCUCCUCCUGGCGGUCGCCCCGGCCUCGCACCCGGGCCCGGCCGGCGGGCACUCGUUGGCCGCCGAGGGGGCCGUGGCCUUCGCCGGCUGGCACGGGCCCGGCCGAUCCCCGGGCACGUGGCGGGGCAACGGCACCCUGCUCCUGCCCGCCGUCGCCCCGGCCCAGGAGGGCAACUACUUGGCCACCGUCCACCUGCCCUUCCUGCAGGCCCAGGUCGUCCUCCGCCUCCACAUCCUCCAGCCCCCGCGGGUGUCGCUGAGCCCGUCGCCGGUGGUGCUGGACCCCCUGGGCCUGCGGCCCCCCGAGCCGCGCUGCCUCCUGUCCCGCUUCUACCCGGCCGAGGAGGUGCGGGUGUCGUGGGAGCUGCGCGGGGCGGCCGGGGCCCGGCCCCUGGGCGACGGGCGUCCAGACAGUGGCCGGGCCUGGCUGUCGGGCCUGCGCCACCACCGCGACGGCACCGUCAGCCUGGAGGGCCUCCUGCGGCCGCCCCCCGGCCCCCCGGCCCCGCGCGGGGCCGCCCGCCUCGCCUGCCGCGUCCGCCACCCGGCCCUGCCCCGCGCCGGACUGGUCGUCGAGGUCGCCCUCCACGUGGCAGGCUCGACGGGGCCUUCUCUGGACGACUGUGUGGGCGUCUUCCUCACUGCCUUCCUGCUCCUGGGACUCAUCAAGGCCCUCAACUGGGCUGCCUGCUCCGUGGACCGGGGAUUGCCCAAGGACCAACAGCAAGUGCUGUGAAGAGGAGGAGGAGGACGAGGAGGAG